AUGAACCAGGGAGACCACAUCAGGCGCAAGCCUACUCCGUCCUACGUGCCACCACUGGGGUAUGAUGAAGCCCUGUUGCUCGCUUCGGCCGAUACUCAAGUCUACGACUGGAGCCCAGAAAACAACACAGGGGCACAAUCUUCGGGAGACCACCGCCAAGAUAGGCAGAGCAAGGAGCCAAAAUCUAGCACCACAUUCGGGACCCAUGAAAGCGAAUACGAACUUGUCAAAACCAGCAGCGCCGAGAAGAAUAAGGAGAGGUCAAUACGCAGAAAACGCCCAAGAUUCUACAUCUUGCGAGGGUGGUGGCAGGAGAUCGCGUGGUCUAUCAUCAGCCUCAUAUGCGUCAUUGUGCUGAUCACUUUGUUGAACUCCUACGAUGGCAGACCGUUGCCAAUUUGGCCAUCAGGUCUGACGCUCAAUACUGUCAUCGCCUUUGUGUCGACCAUCUGUCGGACUGCUUUCAUCUUACCGGUUAUGGAAAGCCUGUCGCAAUACAAGUGGAAUUGGUACAAGAAGUCGCCGAGACCGUUGGCAGAUUUUCGCGUCUUCGACGAAGCUAGCAGAGGACCUUGGGGAAGCUUGAAGUUGCUGGUCACAACGAAGGGAAGAAUCAUAGGUAUCAUGUCCGCUGUUAUCCUCGUAUCUGGAAUUGCUACGUCGACUUUGACUCAGUCCGUUGUCACAUAUCCAACUCGACAUACUGUUUUGCCAGCAAAUGACAGAGACAUCAUGUUUCCCAUCAAUCAGGCUAUCCCUCGAGCCCUGAACACUCCUCCAGAUGAAGUGAUGCCGUAUCAUCUACCUAGCUGCCGAACCAACAACUGUACAUGGCCAAGUUUCAGUACUCUUGCUGUUUGCGUGGACAUGAAGAAUGUAACAAGUCUUCUCACAACAGACGGAGAUCCCAUUAAGGCCGGCACAAAUGCAACAUUGCCCAACGGCGUGUCGAUGCAACGAAGUGCUUAUGGGUAUCACAGCAUGAACAUUUCCACAGGCACGAGUCUUUCGUACAACGAUACGGACAUCAUCAAGGCAGAGCUCUUCAACUUCUUUGUUCUCUACGGUCCUGCCCCCAUACAACUUCGAGCGUAUGAGAUCGUGAUGCACUGGUGUGUCAAUACGUACAACGUAACAGUUCAGAACAAUGUGCCUAUAACUCAGCAAGUGGCCUCAUACACGAAGCCCAACCUCGGAGAGGUCUUCGUACAGAACUACAAUAUGACAAUCAACGGCACCUAUCUGACGUCGCCGGACAGUCCCGGGAAGCAGUACGUUGCUAGUGGUAUGGGCCCGGACAACAUAGCGGGGGCUCUAUCAAACACAUUAGUCGGGUAUUACAUCGAUCUGGGGGCUUACACCUUUAACAACGGCUCGGAGAUAUACGGAACAGCUCUCUCAAGAGCAGCUAUCGGCAUCAACCCAUUGAACGAAUCGCAGAUGAAUCUGACUCAAAACAUCGCAAGCGGACUUACAAACGCGUUGCUUACUACGAAUGAGAGCGGGAGUGCUUGGCAAGACGAAGUUUUUGUGUCCAUCCGAUGGCCGUGGUUGACACUGCUGGCGGCCCAGGUUGGACUUUCAAUUAUUACGCUUCUGAUUAUCAUCAUUCAGACUGCUGGAUUGGACAUCGAGAUUGUCAAAGGGUCUCCACUCCCAGCAUUCCUUGCUAUGAACCCCGACGAGAAGACCGCACUCAUGAGGGAACAGCAGGAGAUGGAUAUUGUGGGAGGUCUCGAGAGACGGGGCGAAGAGUGGGUCCUUCGAAGUUCGGACACAUGA